CCCACGAUGCGCGACCAUGGCACCACAUGGACUUGCAUUAGCGGGCCUCAGAUCGAGGUUACUUUCCUUGAUUUCUACUUCCUGCUCCUUCCGCGAACUGCCAGAUUCAGCAAGAGUCUGUCACUCAUUCCUCACCGGACAAUCCUACGCCUGACCAGGCACGCCUUUCGUUUCUCUCCUCUUUGCUGUCUUGCAUCGCGUGCUCUCAUGCUGUUGUUGGUAUUCUUCUAAAGGGCUGCAGAUGGUCAGAGCUGAAUAACUCGUGUGAGCGCAACAUUCUCACAGGAUAAGCUUCAAUUGUUAUUACGAUAAAACGUAGCCCAGUAAUCAUGGCUCUACGGCUCCUCCUAGCGACGUCUGUCCUCCUACUUCGAGUGUCUGCGGUGCCGACCCAAGUGUCUCCAGAAGAGGAAGCGUUGAUCACACCUGCACCCACUCGCACCCUCGCCGUGUACGGAUCAUAUGCAGGAGCAAGGCGAAACAUCGUUAGUGACCUCGAGUCAGACUUGGACUCGUACGUGAACUCGGUGUUUAGCGAGCUGGGGACGGCUAUCCCCUCAUAUGUUUCCAAUGGACUGCUCCCGAAUCUGCAGAAUCUACCCACAGGCAGUGCUGUCAUGAGCUCGGUAGGAGUAAGUAGCUCGGAUCUGGCUGCCACCCCUACUCAGGUAUUGAACAUCCCUGGGUAUGGUAAUUGGACUUCUUCGGGUUGGAAUCUGCGAAUGCAUGGGAAUGUGUUCAAGCAACCAAAUAUCUCCAAUGCAACGGUGGACCGUCUUGCCAACUUUUUCCUCAUCGGCACGAGCAUCGAGGAUCUUCCUCCGUCACAGCAGGCCCAGGCCCGCAACCUCACAAGAGAGAUCUACGUUGUUCAGCAAGGGAAUCAGACGGUCACGAUGGACAUUCUACCUGGUCCCGAGUUCGGUGCCAACGGGCAGCCUGGAGGUGGUGGUGGUGUGACCCCAGCCGGCGGAGAGCAGGUUGUAACCCUUCCUAACCCGACCACCCCGGAGGGCGACUUUGACGUUUUCAUCCCAAUAGACAACAACUCAUUUACAUUGACUCCGGGAAGUGGUGAUAUCCCACCACAAAGGUUGAAUGUCUACGCCCAGGGCACUGACACGGGGAAUGCGACAUCGUACCUCGUCUCCGACCAAGGAUUAACCGUCAUCUCUGACAUUGAUGACAUACUUCGCGUGACCAAGAUUUACGAGCCCAAGGAAGGAUUACUCAAUUCUUUCGCUCGUCCGUUCACACCGUGGAUGAACAUGCCAGACAUCUACCGUAACUGGUCUGUCAGUCUGCCCAACAUGCAUUUUCACUAUCUCACGACCACUCCGGAGCAAGUCACGCGUAACUACAUGCAAUUCAUCUACGCCACUUAUCCAGGUGGGAGCUUCGACACCCGGCCACUGAACUUCAGUGACGUCUCUGCCACUCUAUCGAUUAGAAAAUUCCUCUUGGACAAGAUCUUUCAGAGUUUCCCGAAUCGCAAAUUCAUCCUAGUUGCGGACACAAGCAAUUCGGAUGUCAUGCGCGAUUACCCCGAAAUGGCGAAGCAGUACCCCGGUCAAGUCCAAUGUAUUUUCCUCCGCAACACAUCCUCGACAGACCCCGGAGAUAAAUUUCCUUACAAUACGGAGGGCUUCAAGAACCUCAGCCAGCAAAGUUACAUGUUCUUCAAGGUACCGGACGACUUGACUGGGCUUGAUAUUGUGAAUGGGCAGUGUCUGAAUGCGACUAUCCCGCAGAAUCUCACGUUUGGAUACCAAGGACUGCCGUUCGGGCUGACUACGGGCGAUGGCAAAAAUGGAGCAAGUCGACUACUGGGUGGUGGUACUUUAUUCGAAAGGUUUGGUGCCGUACUGUUUUCCGUGUCAUGUGCGGUUUCUCUUCAUGUCCUAUGAUACUGACGAAGUCAUUGUUCUUGUGCACGCGGUGUUUUCCGAUGGGCUGGUACCGCCAAUGUACAAUGUGAGAAGGGAUUGAGGCAGUCGAAGCUAUGUUUUAACCCUAAAAAGCAUUCAUAACGGAGAGAGGCUGGGCCUUGUCUACCUGUUCUAUAAUAGCUAUCUCUUACUCGGCAUGAAUAUAAUGAGGGGAACCCAGGAUCGGAACUACCUUGAUGAGGCGAAUAGUGGUCGCUAAGAUUGAAGAAGACUCGCCGAAGAAGAGUUUCAAGCAGUCAAGGCUUAUUGUGCAUAUUCAUUUUCCACAGCAAAGUCUGAGAGCUCAGAGAAGAGUCGCUCCCAAGUCUGAGGGAGAGGAGAGAAGACUAGAAGCUCAAGGCAACCAGCAGACAUUAUUCAAAGUGUAGACAUACAUAAUGCCACAGCUGUGCACAGCUC